AUGGCCAGCAACGCCUACACUCUGAAGAAAUCAGAGGAAUUUGUAAAUCUUGCAUUUGGUGUUCUUCUCAUGGCACGAUAUGUUUUGAGCCCUUAUGAAAAGCCCGGUGUACCCACAACCAAAGUGUCCUUGAAUAUCAUACUUCAUAGUUAUAGUUUCGGUUCCGUUGAAAAGAAUGCUCUUUACAUAUGGCCUAAGAAACGAUUGGAAGCAGUGAUGCAGAAGAAAAAAGCAGUGAAUCCAGUGGUGAAUGAUCUGGGAACAGAAGACGUUGGUUUCCCGAACAGAAAGAAGUUUAUGAAACUCUUCAACACUGGACCUGAAAAAAAUGUUACGGGAAUAAAAAUGAAUCUAACACUCGAAAAUUGUGCAGAUGCAUGUCUGAAAAUGGAGACAUGUAAAUCUUUUAUGGCCCACGAUAAUACAACCGAAUGCAUUUUGUACGAGACCUGGAGCGGCGAAAUCAGAUACCAAUCUUUAAAGGAAGAAAACUACUACUACUAUCAAAAAAUAUUAGAUGAGAAAUGUCCAAUCAAUGUAUUUUACGGCGGUAUGUUUAGGGAUAAUGAGGUGAUGUCCAAAUACAAGAUGACAACAUACGUUGAGUGUCUGAAAAAUUGUGGGAAAAGUACUAAAUGCUACUCUACUAACUACGACGUGAGCACAGCGGCAUGUUACUUAAUUGCCAGAAAUUCUACUGGCAUCGCUAUCAGACGUCAUUACACGAACUGGAUAGGCACUGAAGUCGAUAGAGACAAGUUUGACAACGACCCAAAUGUUUUGAGGGAUUUAAAUGAAAAAGGGUGUGAUCUGAAAUUUCUCUAUGUUCUCAACGUCAUAGAUGAGAGAACGUAUCCUAGCGAUGAUACUAUGCGGAGGGGAGUUCUUUUCUCCAAGCGGCAGAACACAUCAGUAUUGAAUAUAUUGCUGAAGGCCCAGGGAACAGUUGCCGAAGCUAAUUUUCCAAGCACAAGUAAGUUCAUGAAAGUCAGCAAAACCAGACCUCCUAAAUAUAUCAAGUGGACAGAGAAGAAAAUACCUCUCGAAAAUUGUGCAGAUACAUGUCUUAAAAUGCAGACAUGUAAAUCUUUUACUUACUACAAACAACGAUCCCACUGCAGACUGUACGAGACAUGGAGCGGCGAAAUCCGAAUGGCUCAUGCCAGAAAACAGUAA